AUGCGGACCGCAUAUAAGAAUCAGCUACCCACCAGUCUUCAGCUUCAAAGAAGACGAACGAAAUCAGGUAAGCAAAAGAAGGAAACAUACAACAGCAUAAGUGUGGUAGUGGCCACCAGGAGCUGCGUCGGCUUGCUGCCCUAUUUAGUCUUCCACCAGGGUAAGAUAUUUGGGCUCGAAAGAAGUCGAUGGCUAUAUGAGGUUGUUACUGGAGGAAAGAACAAGCCCUUCGUCUCAAGUGAGGGAGACGUUACGGUAGCACAUCUUUUCGAACAUGGGAUUACUCUCGUCGCUUGGGACAUUGAAGCAAGCUCUGUGGAUUCAUCGGUCCCGUUUACCAAAUUGCCUCGUUCGAUAACACGCAACUACCGUCCUGAAACGGAUAUUCCAUUCAGUAACUACAUCCCGCCGGAAGAUAGGAGCGACACCGAGGAUAAUCGGUGGUGGUCCGCUCAAAUCCGUUCUGGUAACGCGGUCCGGUUCUUCUAUGAGUGGGCUCUUGCUAGUGAAAAUCGCCGCCAUGCAUACUUAAUGGAUUCCUGCGGAGUACACCCCGUAAACUUCCCUAAUCCUUUCUUGUGUCGCUGUCCAAUAGUGGGAUGGCAUCCACCUACUGGAGGUCGUUGGGAUGUCAGCUUUUUCCUUGAACCUGAGAAGCAAAAUACCUCACCGUUUCCCCAUAUUGCCGUGGGGGCUUCCCAGCCAGUGGAUGCCACAGACAACUCCAUUCUAUACGGGGAGCUUGCCGUAAUUAUUACGGUUAUGAAUAGUCGUGCCAAACAGCCACAAGCACAAAGUGAGGAGGAGAUGGAGAGUCUGUUCGACAUGGUGGAGGAAGAAGUUGAGAAGACUUUCCAGAAAAGUCCAGCCUUCGCAAACGAACAAACAUUUCCGGUUCUUCUCUUCUCCUUUGUUGGCCCACAACAUGCAAGGAUACUCUGUGCUUCCAUGAACCAGAGGCAGCUGAUAGUUCGGAUGUCAAGGCUUUAUAGCUUCGAGAGAAAGGAAGAAGCUCCACUUGACCUGUUCACGUCCUGGCUUUUUUCGCGCCCCGUGGUGGAAACUUAA